CACGACUAAUUAACCCACGAUGACGUUAAAAAAUCGAAAGCGUAAAAAAAUACGCCUUUUGCGAUAAUGUGGGAUUGGGGAUCAUUUGCUGCGUUCGUAUGCUUCGUAAGAGUUGAUAGAGCGUCUCCCGGGGCAAUUUCGUCAAUCCCGGCUCGAGAAUUUGUCGUUAUGCUAUUGGCACCUCUGCGAAAUGCAAAUGCUUGUGGCUGUAAUGGAGCGCCAUUUUAUUAACCUUUUAGGCGGGGAGACGUAUUUGUUGAUAAAUAUGUGCUCGCAAGUGUUAAAUAAAAACGUUCCAGUUAGUAUUAUAAAACGUUAAUUGCAACCCGAUUAUCAACCCAGUGGAGUGGAAUCGGCAUGGAAGAUGGAUUAAAUGGUAUUUCGUCCGAGACCGAAGCCGCAGAUCAUGUAAGCAAUGGCGCAGCCUCCCCAAUAAUGGCAAACUCCUCUGAGCCAGAGGAAGCCGUUAAAGACGACGUUGUUAAAGUGAACGGAGACGCCGAACAAAUUUCCAAUAACGAAGAGUACAGCUCCGAGAGCGACGCUCUCAUCAUCGACGAGAGCGCCCCCGCGAAGAAGAAGCUCCCCAACUCGCCGAAAACCGACAUCAUCCCCCACUUCAACCCCUACUUCAACGAGUCGCUCUUCGAGCUGUCCCAGCAGCACCAGACCGACGCCUCGCUCAAAGACGCCGCCCCGCCCAAGCCCCACAAGCACAAGCGCGUCAAGGCCAAGAACAGCCCCAAGUUGCGCGAGUACGCCCAAUAUCUAGGCCUGCAGCCGACCGUGCAGUUCAAGUGUUCGCGAUGCGGCCGAGCCGGCUUCGAGUCCCUCACCACGUUGAACGAACACAUCGUCCAGUGCACCGAUGAGCCGAGCGCCGAGCCGCAGACUCAGGAGAACCCGUCGUCGAGUUUCAAGUUGACGCGGAAAGUGUUCCUGUGUUCGGCGUGCGGGACUUACUACGAGAACUGGAACUUGUACUUGCACAUGAUCGAGGUGCACAGACGCUACUUAUGUUUAUAUUGUUUGGGUAUGUUUUCAGUAUUAGACGACUUGUGUUUGCAUAUACAGUCGAGGCAUAAUCUAGAACCGGGACACAAAGACAGCUUGGACGAUUUUUUUAGUGCUUAUUCGGAACCGUGCUACAUCGUCUGCUGCGAGUGCAACAAACUUUUUAACGAACAGGACAAUUUUUUCUACCACAAUUGUGCCGGACGCGACAAGACUAAGACCCCCGCGCAGAAGGCGAAAAUCGCGCUGAAAGCGAAGCAGCAGAUCAGACCCGAGGAUCACGUCACCGGCGAAACGCUGAUCAACGGAAAUUCGGAAAACGAAGCGAAAGAGAGCGACGACAAGCGGGAGCUAGUUUCCAAGGAAACGGAAGCGGCUGACAGACCGUCUGAUGAACCCGCCAGUGAAAAUAAAAUAGAGGAAAUCGUGGAAAUCGUGUAUUCGACCGACGACGAGCUGGAUUUCCGAGGGUUCACGGAGGCCGGAGAGCCCGUUUUCAAGAACAAUGAGACGGUAGAGGCGGAAAGCGCGGACUUGCCCCAGGAAGCGAUGGACGAGGGGAUGGAGAUCGAGGAAGAGCCCGUGGAGACGCGCAAAGUUCCGAAGUUGUCGCUCAAGCUCAAACUCGGGUCGUUCCCGCAGAUCGAACAACACGACGAAGAAGCGGAGAGGAUCGAGAACGACACGGAACAAGCCGAGAGCGACAACGACCUCAACGCAGAAGAACUCGAACAAACCAUUGAAAGCAACGACGUGAGUAAAGAGGAAGAAGUUGAAGAACCCACAAUCAAAAUCGCCGGUACUGACAUUACUAUAAUCGAGCUAGAGCUUGAGCAACCUUUAGAUAAGUUCGAUAUUCGCGUUUUGUUACAAAAAUGCCUCAAAGCAACCGCUCCGUUUUGUAUUUAUUGUAAUCACGCCCGUAAGAUCGCGGUCAACGGUAAAGAAUUGGGGUUGCAUGCGAUCGGGGAACAUCGGUUUUCGGCCGUCGUCAGUAGCAUAACAGCUGAAGAACUGAUUCCUGAGAGUUUCGUGACAAGAAUUAAAGACAGUCUCCCUGAACUGGACAACGUUUUCUUCAGUCUUGAAUCUAGUCCUUCAGACGAAGGCGUGACUUUCUCGCACGUCUUUGAGUGUUUCCAGUGCAGGUAUUCGACCACCGUUCACAAAGAACUGUAUCUUCAUAAUCGAAAAUCGCACGCGAAGAAUCUGCUUUUAUGCAUCAUGUGUAAGUCGAACUUCUACAGCUACAGCGAGCUUAUUUGUCACCUGUGUCCUGGAAUUUAUAUCCUGGAUUACGACGUCGGUUUUCGUUGCUGUAUGUGCGUGGGAGACGACCUCCCAUCGGCUUUCCGUCUCAUGGUUCAUCUAAGGAAGCGCCACCACGUCUGCGACGUCUGUCUCGAAAUGUGCCAUAAUCAAUACAGACUGUCCAACCACGUCUGGAAGCACAAACUCCACCACUUUUGCUACCGCUGCGGAAUCGCCUAUAGGAACAAACCGGACAUCACGCGCCAUCUUUUCUGGAAACACGGAACCGAGAGUGUGUUAUGUAAAAAAUGCCUACAAAAGAAGUGGCCCCACGUUUACCAUUUUUGCGUCCCACCAACCAGUUUCGUCUGCGAAGAGUGCAACCUCACGUUCUCGCGGGCCGUUUCGCUCAAAGUCCACAAAAGACUACACACGGAUGAGAAACCGCACGCCUGCACCGUCCCCGAGUGUCCCGACAAAUUCAUCUCGAAGAAACUCCUAGCCAAACACGAACUAAAACACAAGGAACCACCCGAGGAACCUAAGGUGGAAGUGGAAGAAACGAAAGAGGAGCAGGAAAAGACUGAAGAGAACGAAACGAAAGAAGAUAAAACCGAAGAGAAGGAGAAAGUGAAACCCAAAGUGGACGUCUACGACUUACCCGAGUUGAAUCUGUCGGAGAGCGACAGCAGCGACUCGGACGACGAAGCGAAAAAACCCGACGAAAGCAUCAAAGAAAGCGAAGUGGUCGAAAGCGUGAUCGAAAAUGAAGUAACUCAACCCCUAGUCGAGGAACCACUAGUGGAGAGUACCGAAGUCGUACCCGAGAACAUAUGGGACGACUUUAAGAACUAUCAAGCUAAUAAAGAAAAGUUUGACAAUAUGUUUAGCGAGACUGACAAAGGUGACCCAAAUCAAGCCGACGUGGCGCCUAUUGUAGAAAAUGAACCCUUGACUCUAGAGAUGGCGCUGCGCGACCACGACUACUGUAUAGACCCGGAUAACAAACCCGACGUGAGUUUUACUGAGGUUAAACCCGACUUGUCACAAAGCGUCGACCAUGACUACUGCACGGCGAAAGACCCGGUGAAGUCGGCAGACACCCCUGAAGUGAAAACAACCCCCGAAGAAACUAAAACCCAGAAGAAAACUGACAGUUCGUCGAGCGAUUCGAGCAGCGAUAGUGACUCGUCGAGUUGCUCCUGCGGCCCGAAUUGCUCGUGUAGCUCCAGUUCCGGCAGCUCUAGCUCUAGUUCUAGUUCGGAUUCGGAUAGUUCGACGGAGGAGGGUAGAAAGCGACAGCAACUCCGACGCGACAAACGACGGCAGCGAAAAACCAAAGACAAAGAACCGGAAACUAAAAUCGACGUAGUCGCGAACGACGCUCAAACAAUCCCAGAAACACCAAUUCUCGAGUCGGAUUUAGAAACCACUGAAAGCGAAACCGACGAAGAGUUCUAUGAUAAACAACCCCAAAAACUCGCGAAGAAAAUCUUAGAAGAGAAACGCAACCAGUUGCUUGCGGGGAUUGAACAAGCCCCGAAUGGUUCCCUCGUGGAUAAUAGUAGAGCCGCCACUCCGAAUCUCCCGGAAGAAGAACAAGUCAAACCCAAGAAGAAAUCCAAAUCGAAGAAAAAGAAGAAGAAAAAGAGCGAACGGAAAGAAAUGGAAGCGAAGGAGUUCCACACACCUAACAUUCCGACUCCGUAUUAUCAUCAGUACUACCAGCCGCCGACGGUUGCUCCGAUUACGCUGACCCUACCGAGGAACUCUCCGGUUCCGUCGCCGUCGGCUAAACUCCCUUCCACGAACGUCUUUCCCAAAACCGAAGCCGAGCUCCCGCGGGAAGAUACCGAUGUGAGUUUGCGCGCGUCCAAGCGUCGUCGGGUCCCGAACAAGUUCUACGGUUACUCGAGUGACGAGGAGGACGACAAGUUGGCGAAUACUCCGAAGUGGCGGAAGACUGAAGUACCGGCGAUUCCGCAGCACUCGUCGAUGAUGGUACCACCCAUUACGAUUAAAACGGGGCCGCCUCCGGUGCAGCCGUAUCGCACGUCGUACCAGAACAAAGACACGCAGCCGUCGAGGAAGAUGCCGUCGAUUAAGCUCAAACCGCCGAAGUUGGAGGACGGCGAAAGCGAGGUGGAGUCGAACGACUCGAGUAGCGAAAGUCGCAAUAUGCUCCAGGUGAACCCCGACGCGCUGUAUUGUUAUUGCAAGUGUCCGUAUGACGAGGUGUCGGAGAUGAUCGGGUGCGAUGCGCGUGAUUGUAGUAUCGAAUGGUUCCAUUUCGAGUGCGUGGGGAUCAUGGUACCGCCGAAGGGACACUGGUACUGUCCAGAGUGCAGGAAAAAAAGACAGCAGAAGAGGGAGUCGCUCAAGACGAAGACGAAGUCGGCGUGAAUUUCUUGCGGACUUUGAGUUUUACUAUUUAGAAGCUUGUGGAAUUGAUAGUUACUAUUGAUAUUAUUGUAUAUUGUUAUUAUUUAAAAAGAGUACGCUUAUAGUUUGUUAAUUUUGUUGGGUACUACCAUCGUUUUGUAAUUUAUCUAAUUUAUGGUGGUGAUUUUGCAAUAAACGUUUAAGUUAUUAGAUAUUUUGAUUAGUCUUACGUUGUAGAGAUUGUGUCACGGCUUUUGAAAUAGUGGAACUCGCCCGCCUAGGUACUAAAUUCUGUAAAUAUUUGUACUUGUACAUAGCUAUACUGAAUUUGUGAUUGAUGAAAAUCCCUUACGUUGUUAAUGUAUUUUGUAGUUUUACAAUUAAGUGGUUUAUUUUUCUUGUCGUGUUUACUCUUAUAGAAUUUGCCAAAUUAGAUAUGUAAAUGUGUAAAUAUUUUUAUUAAUAUCAGCUCUCUCGAAAGAGAACUUUUCCACUGUACGGGAAACCAUGUUAUUCUAAGAUCUGACUUAAUUUCAGAGUUAAAUUUGAUGUUUGUAACUUUCUGAUAGGCAAAUAAAUAUCGGGAAGCAA